AAAACUUUUCCACACAUGUUAUUAAUUUUUAAAAUGUUUGAUUAUCCUACACAAUAGAUUGAUAUUUUUUUAUUACUAUUUGAUCUAAUAUGAUAUUAAAUUCGUUAAAAUUUUUCGCUUUACAAAUUAAAGCGUCAGCGGUGCUUAAACAGACAUUUUACAGUACUAUAUACGCCUUAUCAUCGGGGCGUGGAAAAUGCGGUGUAGCUGUAGUUCGAAUUUCGGGAAGUUCCGCAUUUAAAGUCUGCCGUGAAAUGGUUGGACUAAUAAAACCGCCUACUCCAAGAAAAGCCUUAUUGAAAUAUAUCCAUGAUCCAAUAACAAAGAAUAAUAUUGAUAAAGGCUUGGUCCUUUGGUUUCCCGGACCAAACAGUUUUACGGGAGAAGAUUGUUGCGAAUUUCAAGUUCACGGUAGUGCAGCAGUUAUUCAAGCUUUAUUCUCUGCAUUAACGAAAAUUGAAAAUGUACGUCCAGCUGAACCUGGUGAAUUUACAAGACGUGCUUUUUAUGCUGGAAAAAUGGACUUAGUUGAAGUUGAAGGAUUAGCUGAUUUAUUACAGGCUGAAACCGAACUUCAGUUAAAGAAUGCUCUACUUCAAACUGAUGGAAUAUUGAGUAAAUUAUAUAAUGAUUUUCGUUCUGAAAUUUUAAGAAAUUUGGCAUAUCUUGAAGCUUAUAUUGAUUUCGAUGAGACUGAAACAAUAGAUGAUAAUUUACACAAUAAAGUUCGAGAAAAUGUUCUUCAAAUCAUUGACAGCAUUGAAAGUCAUUUGAGACAAAGUAAAUGUGGCGAACGGUUACGUACGGGAGUUAAAACGGUUAUAUUAGGAAAACCAAAUGUUGGAAAAAGCAGUUUAUUAAAUAUAUUGACUAACAAACCGACAGCUAUUGUUACACCGAUUGCGGGUACUACAAGAGACGCUCUCGAAGUGUGUUUAGAUAUAAAUGGAUAUCCAAUGGUAUUAGUUGAUACUGCUGGUUUGCGUACAAAUACUGAAGAUGUUAUCGAGAUAGAAGGCAUUAACCGUGCCAUAAAAUUCACAGAACAUACAGAUAUAGUAUUGUUAAUGGUAGAAGCAAAUGAUAUUUUCUGUAUGAUUAAAAAUUGCUUCGAAAAAGAUGUUACACCUGUUUUAUUAAAUUAUGUAGAAGAAAACAUUUUUCCAGCUUCUUUAAAAGAUAUGAAUAUUCUAAAUGAAAAACCAUUUCUAAUUGUCAUUAAUAAAAUGGAUUUAUUAAAUGCGAAAGAUGUCGAAUUUUUGAAAUCGAAACUCAAGUACUUGCAUACAAACUAUGCAUGUGUGUCGUGUUUAAAUACGGAAGGCAUUACGGAUUUUCUGUCAAAGUUGACUAAACAUUUAGAUUUAAUAUGCGGAUCACCUUCUACUGAAAAUCCAAUUGUAAGUCAUGCUAGACAUAAAUAUCAUUUAGAAAAUUGUCUUAUAUAUUUAAAAGAAUUCGUCAAUUGUAUAAACAAUGAUUCUUGUGAUAUAGUUCUAACUGCAGAAAAUUUACGAUCUGCAAUGACCCAAUUAGGAAAAAUUACUGGUAAAGUUAGUACCGAACAAUUAUUAGAUGUUAUAUUCAAAGAAUUUUGUAUUGGAAAAUAA